AUGGAAAAAUUAAACACAUCAUCAUCCACUAGCUGGUUAUCUGAUUUGAUGUUGGAUGAAAUGGAAAUGGAGGGUUGUGAUUUGUUCCAACAAAAUUUGUUUAAUGAUGAUGAUUUAGUUUCAGAUGACAUAGCAAGUGUUCUUCAACAACAGGACAAACCUUUGUCUUGUGAAAGCUCUGUUUCUUAUUCCCCUGUUUCUUCUCAUUCUUCUACCACUAAUUCUCAAGUUAUGUCUUUUGAGAACACUACCACUACUCAUUUUCAUGCUUUUGAUUGUACCUUAAACACAAAACAUAACAAUAAUAAUAAAGUUCAUGUCAUAGCUGAGAGAAAGCGAAGAGAGAAACUUAACAAGAGCUUAAUUGCUUUAGCUGCUCUUAUUCCUGGAUUAAAGAAGAUGGACAAGGCUUCGGUGUUAGGAGAUGCUAUCAAGUACAUGAAAGAGCUCCAAGAACGUUUGAAGGUGUUAGAAGAACAGGACAGGAAUAGUCGAGUUGAGUCUGUAGUGACGGAAAACAAACCGUGGGUAAUUCAUGAGUCAUGGAGUGAUGAUGGGUCUGAGUCCCUCUCCCAUGUGGAUGCCAGAGUUUUGGACAAAGAUGUUCUGAUAAGGUUUCUCUGCCAAAAGCAAAAGGGUGUUUUGAUCAAAUUAUUGAAGGAGAUUCAAAAGCUUGAUCUCUGUGUUGUUAACAGCACUGUCCUACCUUUUGGGGAUUCUAUCAACAUAACCAUUGUUGCUAAGAUGGAAACGGGGUACAGCAUGACAAAUGAUCUUGUAAAAAACCUACGGGUUGCUGCAUUCAAAUCCUUGUCGUAA